CAUGCAAAUUAGCAAAUCAAAUAAUUUAAUAUUUGGGAGGAUAUCUUUACGAUAAAGGAUAUGAUUAACAAAUUUAAACCUUCCUAGACACAAUUCCCAUCAAAUUGAAAUGGCAAAAGUGAAUCAGGAUCUCUUGCAAAAAUUCCAAAAAGCCUCUUUGGCCCCAAAGCGCCAAGAAGGUGAUGGUCAUGAAAUUAAGGUUGAAGUACGAGAAGAUGAAGAACAAGCCACCAAACUUCAACAGAUUAUUGAUAUAUUAGUUGCAGCUGGCUAUUUUAGAGCUAGAAUCAAGGGGCUGAGCCCUUUUGAUAAAGUCGUUGGUGGUAUGACUUGGUGUGUAGAAUCGUUGAAUGUGGAUGUUGAUGUGGAUUUGCUGUUUCAGGAGAACUCCACUAUUGGACAAAAAAUUGCAUUGACUGAAAAAAUAGUUGCAGUUCUUCCAAAAAUAAAAUGUCCCCAUAGAAUUGAACCACAUCAGAUUCAAGGUCUGGAUUUUAUUCAUAUUUUUCCUCUGAUACAAUGGCUUGUCAAAGUUUCCAUGGAGGCCAGACAAGAAAAAUUUGCCUUUGUUCGUUCAUAUGCCAUAAACCAAUAUGAAAAAGAAUUUCCUUGUAGAAGUAAAAAUAAUGAAACAGGAAAAAUUAUUGAUGAUAAUCUUAAAACUGUUGAAGAAGUGUACAGACCACGAAGGUAUUAUAAAAGGAAAAAUGCCCCACCUCCUGAUGUACUCUCAAGAUUGAGGAUAACUUUAUUGGAAUAUGGUUUCCGAGAUAGUGGAAAGUCGAAACAGUCAUCUGUUUCAUCUAGUGAAGAGCAACGUAGCCAAAAGGCACAGCCUGCCAACAUCAGAGAUGAUAAACAGAAAUAUGUUGACCAACAUUUAACCAAUUUAACUGCCACAAAAGAGGACAUACUGCAAGAUGAGACAUUAACUGAGGAAGAAAAAGAGACACUUAUUGACCAUUACAAAACUCUGCAUUCUGAACUAAAGGAUGGCGGUAUUCGAUCAAAAGAAAUCCAAGAGCAGACACUACUUGAAAAGCAAAAAAUACUUUCAGACAAUAUCAUUUCAAGAUUGUCAGAGGUCAAACUUAAUAUGAAUGAAGAAAUUGAAAAAGGAAAUAGAUUAUUAUCUGAGACCCGGAUGAAGCAAAAUGAAGCCAAUAGAGCUUUGAAGGAAUUUGCUGAGGAAGAAAGGAAUAAUCCAAGUGAUAUUAAAGAAAUAGAGGAAUUAGUUUUAUUAAAUGACAACCUCAAAAGGAAGGAGGCUAGUUUCAGGGAAAGCUGUAGAAAAGAAAUGGCAAAGCUUCAAAAAGAAAUAGGCGAAAUGAAGGAACUACAAUCACCAAGAGAAUUAACACCAGAGGAGCUCAAAAAUAUAGAAGUAUUGACUGAAAAAGUCAGGUUAGUUAAAUUAAAAUUAGCUAAGAGAAAUCAAAUAGUGGGGAAGCUGCAAAGGCAACUGGAUGAUGUUCCUAAUAGAGCUGAAAUGGCCCAGUAUCAAAGAAGGUUUUUGGAACUGUAUAAUCAAGUGGCUGCUAAGCACAAAGAGACCAAACAAUAUUUUACAUUAUAUAAUACAUUGGAAGAUAAACGUGUCUAUAUGCAGAAAGAAUUAUCGUUACUUAAUUCUAUAGCAGACAAUUAUCCUGAAGCUAUGCAAUCUUUGAGUGGAAAAGAAGAAUUUUUAGAACAAUUUCAGAAAAUUGUUGAUGGAGUUAGAUCAAAUAGAUUAAAAAUAGAAAACAAAGUUUUGGAAGAAAAGUGGAAAAGAGAUCAUGUGGCUGGAUCCCUACAGAAUCUUCUUGAACUCCAACGAGCUUGUGCUAUUGCAGUGAAGCAACUAAGUCUAGAAUGUAAAAAUUACGAAUCUCUUAUGGCAAACGAACAAAAAUAAUAUUGUAGCUUCAAUUAUAUUCCAUCAGAAAUACUAUAAUGGUAAAUACUCUGGAAACUAAAAUGUAUUGUGAUAAUAUUUAAAAGGCUUUAAUAGUGUAAAAAAGCGGUUCGAUGACUGAAUCGGCUUUUUCUUCCUUUUGUACUAUAUAGCGUUAUUUCAAAAUAUAAUGUGAAAAAUCUGAUAUUUUUU